UAGCUCCCCACAGCGGAUCAGCCAUGACCUCCCAGGUUCGUCAGAACUACUCCACCCAAGUAGAAGCUGCCGUGAACCGACUGGUCAACCUGCACCUGCGGGCCUCCUACACCUACCUCUCUCUGGGCUACUACUUUGAUCGGGAUGACGUGGCUCUGGAGGGUGUAGGCCACUUUUUCCGCAAACUGGCCGAGGAGAAGGGCGAGGGUGCCGAGCGUCUCCUCAAAUUCCAGAACGACCACGGCGGCCGUGCUCUCUUCCAGGAUGUGCAGAAGCCAUCUCAAGAUGAGUGGGGUAAAACCCAGGAGGCCAUGGAAGCUGCCUUGGCCCUGGAGAAGAACCUGAGCCAGGCCCUCUUGGAUCUUCAUUCCCUGGCUUCAGGUCGCGCAGAUCCUCAUCUUUGGGAUUUCCUGGAAAGCCACUUCCUGGAUGAGGAGGUGAAGCUCAUCAAGAAGAUGGGCAACCACCUGACCGACAUCCGUAGGGUGGCUGGCCCCCAGCCAACGCAGACUGGCGUGCCCCAGCCAUCUCUGGGCGAGUAUCUCUUUGAGAGGCUCACUCUCAAGCAUGAUUAGGAGGCCUCGCCUUCC